UAUAUGAGGGAGUGUCCCUGUCCUUUUCCCCCACUCUUUCCUCUUUUUUGUGUUAAUAAUUCUCAUAUGAUCACUUUCUCACAAAACAUUCAGAAAGAUCAUCAGAUCCAAGUUGGUGAAAAAACAUGUCCUCUUCAGCUGCUUUUUCUUCACCGGACCACCAGUACCACCUUUCCCCCAGCUCCGAGAAGCUCUGUUACGUCCAUUGUGACUUUUGUGACACGGUCCUCGCGGUGAGUGUUCCUUGCUCUAGUUUGUACAUGACUGUUACGGUUCGGUGUGGGCACUGCACCAACCUGCUGUCUGUAAACAUGAGAGCCCUGCAGCUUCCGUCCAGUACUAAUCAGCUCCACCAGCUCGGACACUCCAAUAACUUCUUCUCUCCUCAAAUUAACCUUAUGGAGGAAAUCCGGAGCUCGCCUUCUAAUAUGUUUCUCAUGAAUCAAUCAAACCCUAACGAAUCUCCCAUGCCAGUCCGAGGAGCUGGUGAGCUUCCUCGACUCCCUGCAACUAACAAAGCCCCAGAAAAGAGACAAAGAGUCCCCUCUGCUUACAACAGGUUUAUCAAGGAAGAGAUCCAGCGUAUUAAAGCUGGCAAUCCUGAUAUUAGUCACAGGGAAGCUUUCAGUGCUGCUGCCAAGAAUUGGGCACACUUUCCUCAUAUUCAUUUUGGGCGUUUGCCUGAUCAAUCCGUGAAGAAACCUAAUGUGUGCCAACAGGACGGAUCAGAUGAUGCGGCGAAGAAUGACGGAUUUCGAGCUGCAGCAAGUGUGGGGAUUUCUCCAUACAACUAAUCAAGAACCGGAAAUUAAUGUGUGUUAAUUAGGGCUUGUUGAGUUAUGUUUACUCAGUUUCUUUCGACUUGUAUGAGUAAUUAGGGUUCUUGCAUGUUUUCUGUUGUCUCUGUACUGGAAGAUAUAACAGUUUGUUCGAAAGAUGGAUUUCAAAUUA